CCCAACUGACUUUAGUGGGUUAGGAGCCACUGUUUUGCUCAACACUAAAUAUGAUGCAGCCUAGAAUGUGGUUACUGGAACAACAGUCACCAUGGGGAUAGCAAAGAAAUGGUUCUAUGGCCAAGCAGUUCCACACAUCACCCAUGUUUCUCAGCACACAGGCAGGCAGAAGUGGAGCCCCUUUCUGCCUUAGUUUUAGCACUGGACAACUGAGUAAUCUUUCACCCAUGUAACUUGAAGGACAGUUCCAACAACCAGGGAGGGGUGUGCUGGUGAGACAAAGAAAUAUGAUUGCAUUGCAAAAAGAUGGACAGGAUUGGUGGAAAAUUGAACCCAAAUACUCUGCUAAAGUUCUCAUUGGAAACUGGCUGGAAGAGAGGAAAAAGUUUAUAAAAGACACUGGGAAACUCAGCAGCAGCAUAUACAGAACAGACUUCAUUUGCUUCCCAGAUCACAAACCAGACCAAACACUAAGGAGAACCAUGAUGGAAAAAUUUGAGGGCCUGCCAAUGCAGCACUUCUUCACCCAUCAUGAGGAACCAAGAAGCCGAAAUUUGGUAUCGGAGUAUGACGAUAAAUACAAUAGACAUGGUUACAACCCUGUGCUGCCUCCCCUUCGCAGCUGGAAUGGACGCAAGUUUGCCUGGAUUCCUCAGAAAUCAGAUUUUCCCAUUCUUGAGCCACCUACCAACUAUGGCCUUCUUGAGCACCUGAUGAAAAAAUGGCACAAGAAAGAAGAUGGAGUGAUGAACAGUGUCUACACCAUUUCCUAUGAAAGCCCACCGAUUUCUGCUUUUGCUACUUGUCAGCUGAGACAACCAGCUAAAACUCACGAUCUCCCUUUCAACCAGGGAUGUCUUCCCCAAAAUGUUAGUAGAAUCCUGGAUUAUGAAGGGGGUCAGAAAUACCUGCAAGCCAUCAGCCAACUGGUGAGAGCCAGAAAAGCAAGGGACACCUCCGUGUAAACUGCUUAGGGUGAUCUUAAGUACUACUUAAUAUAGCUUGUUGCUCAUGUACAUAAGAGUGAUCUGUUCCAUGCAGAAGGAAUGAGAAUUAGGUUAUAAAUGUGGAGGGCUGUCUACUAGUUAGAACAAGUUGCUGGGUUACAUGCUGACCUGCAGAUGGCUGGGAAUAUUUCAGAAGAUAUUAAAUCACUGGAAACAAAAUUUUCAUCUGUUGGUUUCUAGUCAAUGAACAGUUGCAGGAAGGAAAAAAAAACCCAGGAUGGGACUGAACCUGAAAGGAUAUAAAUCUCUUAAUUGCUUUGUCCUUAGCUGUCUUUUUCAUUUUUACACAGCUUGCUAUAAUUUCUUCAAAGAAAGAGUAGAAAAGAAACUUGUGUUAUUCCAUCAUGUGUCUGAAACAUCCAAGAAUAAAGUAAACCUAUGAAAUGGCUGCAUACCUAAGGACAAGGUGAACCAAGAUUUAUCCCAAUGCAGUAAGCAAGCAGACCUUGAUUGCCCUUGGCUUUACAUAUUGAAUGGCACUUAAUGGUAGAUAAGCUGCAAAGUGAACUACAUUAGUUGACCUUACAUUACCAAACAGUAAACCUAGAAGAAAUAGUUGUAGGUGGCCUUUAUACUGCUGGAUAGGCCACCCCGAUCCUUUACUUGGUUGAGAAAGUAUGUGAACGACCUAUGUAAAAAAUGCUGACAGAAGUCCAAAUUCUUAUUGCACUGAUGUGCAACUCCUGUAUUUAAAUCACAUUUGGUCCAGAGGAGAUAUAUGGAAGGUUCAGCUGCUAUUGGUCUGAGCCUCAACA